ACCAUAUCAUUUCUCCUUCAUUGCAGGCAGCAGAGAGAGCUCAGCAACGUCCACCACAGCUUGAGAGAGAGAGAGAGAGAGAGAGAUGACGGAGGAGAAUAGGAAAGUCCUGGGCGGAGGAGGACUCUCCUUCUCCAAGACCUCCGAGGACAGGAAGCCCGCGGGACCACCGGCUUCUGGUGCUCCUCCUCCUGCUGCUGCUGCUUCCAAGAAGGUCACCAUCAAAAGCGCAGACAUGAAAGAUGACAUGCAGAAAGACGCCAUCGACUGCGCUCUCUCCGCCGUUGAGAAGCACGGCGUCGAGAAGGACAUUGCCGAGUACAUCAAGAAGGAGUUCGAUAAGAAGUACGGCGCCACCUGGCAUUGCAUCGUUGGGCGCAAUUUCGGUUCAUAUGUGACUCAUGAGACGAACCACUUUGUCUAUUUUUAUUUGGAUCAGAAGGCAAUCUUGUUAUUCAAGUCUGGUUGAUGGAUGGUCACGGCCAUGACACGGAAGAUUUUAACAUGGUAAAUUCUCAUGCUACGGUCGGCGCCUCUAUUGUAUCUAAUUGAAACUUUUGGCUUGCAAAGUCUGUAGAACAAGACAUUUCAUCGACUUGUUUGGUCUGUAUAUUUCGUUGGAAAAUGGAUUUUCUGAAAAAUGCAACUGAGAUUGGUUAAGGUUUCCAAUUUCAGGUGUUACCGA